UAGAAGGGACAGUCUCGCGAAGACUUCCUGGGCAAGUGCCGGCAAAUAUGGAGCGGCCAGGAGAGAGGACGGCACGGUCGCUGACAGGGUUGGAUGAAGAAAACGCCGCUCCAGUCCCUGAGCUGCUGGGAUCGCCACUUUCGUUGCAGGCCCCGGACUCGGGCUGGGAACGACUUCGAGAGCUCUUUCGGCGGAAUGAACAACGGGAAUACCCAGAAGAAUUAAUCUAUAUUGUUAAAGCAACAUUUACAGCGGGUAUAGUUGGCUUUGUCUAUGGCGGUAUACCUGGAUAUGUAAAUGCCAAAAAACAGUACAUUGAGCAAUGUGGAGGAGAACUCUACCAUAAUCGGCUGGAUGCUGUGCAAUCUAUGCAACGUAUAGCAAACAGAGGAUUCAUCCGAUAUGGUUGGCGGUGGAGCUGGAGAAUUGCUGCUUUUGUGGCAAUAUUCAACACAGUGAAUACUGGCUUGUCCGUAUAUCGUGAUAAAAGUACCCUUGGUCACUAUACCAUUGCUGGAGCUUGUACCGGCAGCUUGUUCAGAAUGUACUUGGGCUUGAGAGGUCUGAUUGGAGGCGGUGUUAUUGGAGGAGUCUUGGGUGGCUCUCUGGGAACAUUACUAAUGGGACUGCAAAAAGUUGCUGGAGAAACUUUUAUUGAGAGAAUGAAAAGGAAGAAAAGUGAGCUAAAUGCAUUAAAGAUCGCAAAGUGGGAAGCCACUCUUGAUACCCCUGAAGAUAUUUCAGAAGGAACAGAUAAUAUCCUACAGGAAAAAGAUGGCCGAUAAUCUUGGAAAUUCAAGUUUAAAAAUGGACUAGAAGCCCUUUGUUGGACGGGGAGAAGUUUGAAUGCCUCUGGACACAUUAUUAAAUAUGUGCAGGUGACAACAGAACUUCUUUUUUGUGGUGAAAACAGUAACUUUAAUUUCUUUUUAAAAAACAAAGGUGUAUAAAAAUAAUUCCCGGGAAUAUUCAUAUAAAACACAAAUUUUUAGAAGUACUAUUACUGCUCCCUUAACUAUAAAAAAAAAUCAGUAAAUAUAUUUGAAAGACUAUGGCUUUGUUGAGUUUAGAAUCCAUAAUAUAAAAGAAGUUUGAAACACA